AUAUAUCACAUUAGUAGAUGUGCAGGUGAAUGAGUCCUUGAUGGUGUGGCUGAUGUGGUUGGGUCCUCCGAUGGUGUCGCUAGAGUAGAUAUGGGGACAUAUCGUGCCCAAGUGGGUCUCCACUGAGCUGGGGAGGUGGGGACAGGACACCUGUCUGUGCAGGUGACUCUGGCUCAGGAGUGGGAGCUGCUGCUGCUGUACUGAACAAGCGUUCAGACUCCUGUGUGCUUGGCUUAAAGAGACAGUGUGCUGACACAAUCAUUCAGCAUAGACAAUCUCACACACACACACUCCCCCCAACACACACCUUCAGUCUCCCACACACUCUCCCCAACACACACACACACACAAUCAAAUAAUAGUAUCCUUCCAGAAUGUAAAUUUAGCUUGUACUCACCUUAGCAAUGCCAGUUUUUUUUUUAAAACGCUAAACACUAUGCAGAUGAAGGUCGCUUAUUUUCAAAUUAUAUUUUAAUUAUAUCUGUAAAAUAACUUAAAAUUAAUAUGAAAAUAAAUGCAGUUUCAAGUCUGAUACUAAUAGUAAUUAUGAAUUUAAAUAUUAAUGACUCGCAUAUAUGUUUGUGAUCAGUAAACAGAAAAGCCAGAAUAAUUAAACAAAUAAAUUCCCAUUCUUAAUGAAGGGGGGGGGGGAGAACUUAAUCGUGCACGUUAAAAUUAAGUAAAUGUUUUUAGUGGAGUGAAAAAAUUGACUAAAACAGAAUGGAUAACGGCAGUAACACAGAGUGUGUCAGAGAAAGUAAGCAAAUAUUAGGCAAAUUUUAUUUAUUUUUAUUUAUCUCUACUAAAGAUGGUGUACAAAGUAUCAAACUUGUGUUUCUGAUAUCUGUGCUAAGGCUCCAAAAUGGAUACCUCAAUGCCUGGGUUUGGAAAUAUCUUGUAUUGUCGCCUGAUUGUUCUAAAUUUACAUAUAAACUUAAAAUAUGGCUUUAAUUGGUGUUUUUUCUUUCUUUAUAUAGGGAUUAGAUAUAGUGUUCCCAUCAGUUAAUUUCUAACUUAUCUGCAAAACAAAACAACCACACCUAGAGUUUUCAGGUGCCUAAGUAGCCUCUGAAAUUACAGUUAAAAUCUGAAAUGGCACCCCUGUCCUGGAGUCCUGACUAUGUGAGAAUCUUAGCUUUCAGUUAGAAAAAAAAGUUUCUAGCCCUUAUGAUUGCAGAACAAAGUUGGAAAACAUGAACUUUAACCACUCAAAUAGCUGAAGGCAAAUAUUUUAAAAGUCUCAUUAUGUUUAAAUCAAUCUCAUGAUUUUGGGGACCUGACUAAUAAUUUUUGAAUAUCAGCGAUUGGCAAUAAAUAACUCUGCUUAAAAACCAACUUUCACUACCUUAUGUGUGAGAGAGAUUGGAUGAAAGACUACAUUUCCCAGAAGCCUCUCUGUAGGACUUAGUUAUGUCACUGAGCAGAGACUUUGGAGCCUGCUUAUCGGGAGACAGUGUGGGUAACCUUUCCCCUGGAUCUCACGAAAACGCGACUGCAGAUCCAAGGUGAAGCUGCCGUUCGUCGGUAUGGAGCUGCUGGCAGAAGAGCUGUACCCUACCGUGGCAUGCUGCGUACUGCAGCAGGGAUUGUUCAAGAAGAAGGCUUACUAAAACUCUGGCAAGGAGCAACACCUGCUGUCUACAGACACAUAGUGUACUCCGGAGUGCGGAUGAUUACAUAUGAGCACAUUCGUGACUCUGUGCUUGGCAGAGCUGAAGACGAGAGCUUUCCUCUUUGGAGAUCUGUAGUUGGAGGGAUGGCAGCUGGUGCCAUUGGUCAGUUUUUUGCCAGUCCAACUGAUCUGGUGAAGGUGCAGAUGCAAAUGGAAGGAAAGAGGAGACUAGAAGGGAAACCAUUACGAUUUCAUGGAGUGCACCAUGCAUUUGUGAAGAUCCUGUCUGAAGGGGGAAUUCGGGGCCUUUGGGCAGGUUGGGUGCCAAAUGUCCAAAGAGCUGCUCUGGUAAACAUGGGAGAUCUGACUACUUAUGACUCAGUGAAACACUUUUUACUUCUGAACACACCCCUUCAGGACAACAGUGUGACUCACAGCAUUGCAAGUGUGUGUUCUGGCCUGGUAGCUGCUAUCCUGGGAACUCCUGCUGAUGUUGUCAAAACACGGAUAAUGAACCAACCAAGAGAUAAACAGGGAAGAGGACUGCUGUAUAAGUCUUCUGCAGACUGCUUGAUUCAGGCUAUACAAGGUGAAGGAUUUAUGUCUCUAUACAAAGGCUUUUUACCAACCUGGAUGCGAAUGGCUCCUUGGUCAUUGGUAUUCUGGCUUACCUAUGAACAAAUCAGAAGGAUCUGCGGAGUUAGUUCUUUUUAAGAUCUUGAAAGCGUAUAUUAAUAAUCACAUAACAAAUAAAACAGAAUUGGAAAUCCAGUAGAUUAUCAAUAAAACACCCCAUCCCUAAGGAAACUGGUUAUUUUAGGAGCUGGCAAUAGUCUCUCACCUUUAGGUCAUCACUUCAAAUUCAGUCUUGGUGAUAGUGAUUUAAUAUUACCUUCUGAUUGCCACUUGACAGACUACAGAACAGUAAAACCUGCCAAGAGCGAUCACUCAUGGGAGUUAUCAAAAGUGGUCUCUUGUAAGAGGUGGUCACUCUUCAAAGGUUUGCACAUGGGAGAGCAUUGGCUGCUGGCUGGGUGCCCUGCUCGGCUAUUCUCACCAGCAGUGCCAUCACCAGCAAAGUGCAGAAGUAAGGGUGGCCUGGUAUGGUACACUAGACUCCUACUGAUAAGUGAAGAUCAGUUUCUCCUACAGGUUUGUGUUUAUGAAUGGGAGUAAAGAAAAUGUGGUUGCUGGUUGCAGAUGACAGGUCAUCCCUCUUUACAGUUUCUUCGCAGUUAAAUUAUAGGGGAAAAACUUUCUGUGGCCUCUGCAAGUAGUCGCAUGUGACAGGUGGUCUCGCUUCAGAGGUGAUUGCUAAAGCAGUGUAUAGAGUUGGUGGUCUCCAUGGCAUAAGUAUCCAUCACAAAAAGCACUACUCCCAACUAGCAAUAAGUACCAGCCAUGCUGGAAGAUUCAGCAGAGGCAAAACAAAUUACCUUUUUAAUCCUAGAGAGGGCUCCUAUAGCUGAGGAUGAGACUUGAUUGAGCUCUAGGUAGUUCUAUAGAACAUGUACCUUUUUAAUCGUGCAUUAUACAUGUUCUGUGGAUAAAUAAAUGACUCGAGUGUAAAUUUUGGAGCCUUUCAUUAGAAUUAGACACAUACACACACACACACACACAAUAAAGGAAAAUCUCCUGUAGCUACCUCUUCAUUAGAAGACUGUCAUUUCUUAGCAAACCAAGCAUUAAGUACUAGGUGCUGUAAUAGGUUAAUACAGUAGAUUCAGCUGUGCAGACCUGGUCUCAGAUAUGUUUGAUAUAACACGUGAAAGAAAUUGAUAGGCUCAACUUAUUUCUCAAUGGAUGUAUACCCACUUCACACCACCACUACCUGUUUGGACACACUACUGUGCUAUUGGUGAAAUUCACCAGUACAGAGGGAAUCACAAUGACUAGAGACUGCUUAAGUCCCACAGCAGGUCUUUUGGACAGAGGUGUCUUUUGAGAACCCCAGUGGUAAGUUAGCAGGUCAGGACUAAUUUGUACCAGCAGAACUUUGUGUAAAAACAUGUAUAGUACCUGCCCUCAGUCUGCCUCGAUCAGGGGCGAGCAAACUUUUUGGCCUGAGGGCCGCAUCUGUUUUCCAAAAUUGUAUGGAGGGCCGGUUAGGGGAGGCUGUGCCUCCCCAAACAGCCAGGCGUGGCCUGGUCCCCGCCCCCUAUCCGACACCGCCCCCCAGCUUCUUGCCCCGAUA